CACAACACUAACAUCAGUCAGCGCUCUGCUCUUGGAGGAAAAGUUUGACCUGUUGAGGUGGAAACAACUAAACUGAGCUGAUCUCAGUUCUCCAUUACGACUAGCAUACUGUUACUAGCAACUUUAGCAGCAUUUCAACACUCAGUCUGUCAGUUCAGAGGAAGUGAACAAACACAGGAAGAGCUGAUAGUGUUUUAAGAAAGAGUUGAGAUCAUAUACUGAAGAGAAAGACUGAGAGACAGAGAGAAUGUCUGAUAAUAAUCAUCUGUGUCUGCUGGGACUGAUCUUUCUCUCUUCACUUCUCACAGGUAUCAGUGGAGUGGAUGAUGCUCAUGUGUUCAUCAGUUCUGGUGAAGAUGUCACUCUGUCCUGUAAUAAUGCUCUUCCUGACUGUACAUCAACUACAUGGAACUAUAACAGAUUCAGUCAUUCAGCAGCAGUUGAACUGAUUAAAUUAGGGGAAAUUAAUAAAGACAAGGACAAAGACAUAGAGAGACAUGAGAGACUGAGUCUGGAGUCUGACUGCUCUCUGAACAUCAGGAACAUCUCAACAGAAGAUUACGGAUCUUACAUCUGCAGACAAUAUGUGAAUCACACAAAACAAGGAACUGAUGCUGGUGUUUAUCUGCAUGUUCUUCAUGUCUCAUCCUCACACACUGAGAUCAGUGCAGGUCUCUCUGUGACUCUCUUCUGUCGGCUGUAUUCAUAUCCUCGAGUCCCUUGUCAUGAUUUGGUCAGUUCUGAGAGAAUUCAUCUGUUCUGGGUGAAUCAGGCUGGUGUUAAAUCAGACUCCAGACUCCAGAUAUCAUCCUCAUCAGAUCACUGUAUCAUCUCUCUGAAUACAACACUCCUGAAUGAAGAUCACAACAGAGACUGGAGAUGUGAAGUUACUCACAGAGAUCAAGUCAAGACCUCAGUCACAUACACUGUCAAGAGUUCAG